AUAUAGCUUUGCUGUUCAUCUUCCUCUUUUCUUCUUGUUUCUUCCGUUCCCAAAAUGAAUUUGGGGUUAAGAUUCAAUUCCACUACAACAAUGCCUAUUUCAUCAAACUUUUAACAGCCCCCGCACCGAUCGAUUUCAUAAUUAAACACACACACACAAAAAAAACCUCCCACAAAAAUGUCAACAUCGUCAUCGGCUUUCAGGUUGAUCUGUGUCCUCCACUCGGUGAUCGCCUUAACAAGCGGCGCACUCAUGAUGUUCUACAUGAAGGAGAUGUACGCCUUCACGCACGGGAUAGAGACCGCCGCCAAACUCCUGGGCUCCACCCCGCACGACCAGCUCUUGAUCCGGACCUCCGAUUCCUUCUCGGGCCUGCUCUUGUUCGCCAUCGGCUUCUUGCUUUUCAUGGUCUCGUUUGUUAAAGACAGGGAGUUUCAAUCGUUUUUCGCCAAAGGGUGCACGAUUCUGCAUGUUUUUCUGGCGUUGUGGAGGUUCUGGUUCGAGAGGAGAGUGGAGGAUUUGGCUUGGGAUUGCCUUAGAGAGACGAUCGGUGAUAUUUUGAUGGGUUUUUCUUGGAUAUUCUUUUUGGUUUACUCUUGGAGAGAAAAGUAUGAUUAGAUUUUUGAAAUAUUUUAAUUUGUCUGUUUAAACUUGCAUUUUCUUGUUCCAUGUCUAAAUUUUG